AUGUCGAAGAACACUUCCUUUCAAGACGACGUGCCAUGGCGAGUUUCAUCAUCUUCACUGAAACCAUUACCCAAAAUUCACCACUCUCCUAUUCUUCGCGUUUCUCACACACCUCUCUCCGAUUAUGCAAUUUCCAUCAUGAGGCAUCCAGACCCUAUAGGGAAUGGUUUGGGUGAUGGAGCUAUAGUGGAAGCAGCUGGUCCUGAAUGCUUAGUACCUGGUCAAAGUGCUCCCAUUAAACUACUUGGUCUCAAGGUCUGGCCUAUAGAAGUUGACUUGAAAUUUUUGGAACCCGUCGGGCGAGAACUUAAGGCGCUUGGGAAGGAUGCUGAGGGAAUUUCAGAUGCUGAAGUUGUUCUCAUGUCAGAAGAAGUUGUUUCUCAUGCCCUUGAAACCAUUAUUGAAGAAGAACAUGUUGCACCAAAAGUUGAAAAAGUUAAUGACACAGAUACAUCUAGCCAUUAUGGUCUAGAUUCAGGAUUCUACAUGUCAUCUUUUACAGCAACAAUUUUCGUUGUUUCCCUUGUCACUCUUGGAGUUUUACUUAUUACUUUGCUGGUUUCUUUGGUGAUUAUGCUGCAAUCAUGUCAAAGUAAAAGUACUGGAGUUAUUGAACUUGUGAAUAUGAAUAAUUACUACAGUUAUUGCAGGGUGUAUUCUCUGCAUGCUGAGAUCAAUAGGUUAGAGAGAUAUGAUCUUCCAAACAUAUGUAGAGAUCUGACUAUACAUUAUAUCAAAGGAGGGCAUUAUGCCAAAGAGUUGAAUUUAAUUGUGUCUAUGAUCGAUGAUUACUUCAAGAAUCUGAGACCUUCAGACAAUGGUUUGGAUGUGGUGUUGUUGGAUAUAGAUGAUAUUGUUCCUCCAAAUUCGUAUCAGAGGUUUCAUAGGGACGGCAUUAGCAACUGUGUCAAAGAGGCAAAACAUGUAAAGCUCAUGUUUGUUUUAAGAUUAUACAUGAACCUUCAAACUGAUGGGUGGCCUAUAAUUUUGGUAUCAAGAGAACCUGAAACGUACCAAAAUGUCACCAUUAAUCAUCUUGUUUCUGCAGGAUUUAGAGGUUGGUCUUCCUUGAUGAUGAGAACAGAAGAUUCAGAGUCUACUAAAGGAAAUGAGUACUUUUCUAGACGUCUGCUUUCGUAUCCAUCAGGUCAUUUCUUCCCUGCAGCUGAUCAGGUCGGGCAAGUUAAGUGUGGGAGUUGUACGCUAUUGCUAAUGUAUCCAUAUGGCGCUUCACAGGUCAGGUGUUCAUCAUGCCGGUUUGUGACAGAAAUCGGGACAACUGAUGUGGAUACUACAGGUUGGAUACACACCAAGUGUGGCUUUCCAAGCAUGGAAGAAAGCAUAUUAGAUCAGUUGAAUGAAGAGUUGAAAGAGAAAAUAAAGAAUGAUGUUUAUGACAUGGCUCCUUGGAAAUCUCCAAGUCCAGAUGGAUACCGUGUAGGCUUUUAUCAAAACUCUUGA